CCAGUUCCGUCUGUGUGGUUUUCGUGGCUCUGGUUACGUCGCCCUUUAUCGCAGAGUGGAGUUCCGCGAAGGAGUCAUACGUAUCCGUAUCUUCCUUCCGUAACUUACGGAAGGUAUCCCAGUCUGUGAGGGUGAAAGAUCGGGGUGGGGCCGUCGUACGCACGGUGUAAGAAUAUAGUAUUCUUGCACCGUGGUCGUACGCGUGUUUGGUAUUUCUGUGCGUAUGACGAAGUGAUCGCUGCCCAGGUUCUCUUGCGUGUUCGCGUCCAUGUGUAGUUUGCAACAUUUCGGAGUAACGUGAGGUCCGGCGUAGUAUCGCGCUGCGUCGACGUACCCAAUCUGGUGGGGAACCUGUGGCCCGUCACCAGGGUGAGGGACAGGUCGUCUAUUGCGCGCGAGAGGUUGUUGCCGCUAGGCUUGAUUGUGGGGUAACCCCACGACGGGUGGGGGGCGUUGAAGUCCCCUGCGAUAAUGACCGAUGAGUUUCGUGCCAAUGACGUGGCUUUAGUAAGGAUCGCAUGGAAGGAUUGGUUGUAGUGCGUGGGGGAACUGCAGAUGUUUAGUACAAAAAAACUUUGUUUUAAGAAUCGGUUAGGUACGAGCUCGAUUAGGAUCGCCUCUCAAUGCGACUGUUUUUCGGUAGGACCUCGUGAACGGUGCCCGCGAAUUUUCUACUAACGAGCGUGGCGAUGCCUCUCCUGUUGUCCCCUCCUCUUUUUGAGACAGUGCAGUACCUUGAGAGCGUAAGGGUUUCGCACAGGGUUUCCUGUAAUAGUAUUAUGUGCGGCCUUUGGCGUUGAAUUUUGAGGUACUGUUGCAGCGAGGAUUUGCGUUUCGCGUAGCUAGCGCAAUUCCCCUGCCAAAUUUCUAAAGUAUCCCGUGUCGUGUUAGCCAUGAUGGUUUUGGGAGGAAUUUAUUGCCGCCGAAGGGUGCGUAGUCGUGUCCAUUUGUUGUGGCUGACUAGCUUUGUUUUUAAUUUUUAUGGCGACUUUGUUUUCGACAACCUCUACACGAUUCGCUAGGGUAUGAAUACUUUGUAGGUUUUCUCGCGUGAGGCGCAGAAUUUCGUCUAGGGUGUCUUAAUUGCGGUACAUUACACUCUUCUUCCGUCUCUGGGAGUGGAGGGCGUUUGCGUUUCGCUGUGCUAACUUUUACAUUUGCUUGUCUAGUUGAUGAUUUUUGCUAACACAGUGACACUGAUAUGUUACAAGGCUUUGAUCGCUCACUUAAUUGGCACCAAAAGUUGACUGCCCGAACCUAAAAAAUGUAGAGGCGUGUAGUCCGCUCCUCUCUAAAAUAGCGUUAAAUAGCCGCUCCUAUUGCCUUUUUCAAGCAGAUUAUUAUAAAUCACAUUGCUUGUAGAGUUCGUAAUUUACACAACAGUUUCAUUGUAUACGUUGUAAAACUUGUUUCUGCACUCUUUAGAAACUUGAAACCACCGUAUGUUCGACGACAGAACGAUUACCACUCAUUUUAACUCUUAAAAGUUGUCCGUGAAUGCGUCGUGAGUUCAAAAAGUGAAUUACGCACACAGCUUCACUGCGUACGUAUCUUAAGCACCACCAUUAUGCUACCGCCGUACUACGCAGAAAAGCUAGCUUUACAGUUUGAAAAGAGUUCCGUGACACGAUUUUUUUAAGGCCUUAGAGCAGCACGUAUAUUAAAGCACUUAAAUCGCUUUUGCAAGCUUUCUACUGAACUAGACAUCCAACGAGAAUAAAAACAAGAUAUGCUCACCUUUCCUUGAAACAGAAUCGACCAACCUAUUGCACAUAUGGGGCGGAGGACUUACUCGUGAAUAUACAUUUACUAUACUUUUACCAGAUCAUCUGCCUUUCGCUACGGCACACAUCAGUAAAUCCUAAUGUCAUCUACGACAUUAGGCUAUUUGUAAUCAACGCAAAAAAGCUAGAUUUUCCUAUGACUCUUCUAAAAUAAUUUUUCCAGUCUCUUUCGGAUGCUAGGAAAGGGAAAUUUAUGCAGUUGCCACUUACGCUCGUUGUUUACACUUCUUGCACCGCUCCUCCUCUUCUAGUUUCACUAUUCAAACGCAAAGCAUUCGCAAAUAUCUGUUUUAUAUUGUAUAUUUGUGAAUUUAAUCAUUCACCGCCAAUACAAGCGCAUUGUGCCUGUCGAAAUGGCAACACGAGCGCUGAACAGAUCACAGAAGCAGACGACAGCGAACAGGUUAUAGCGAGCGCCACUCUGCUCGUACGUUCUGUCCCUAGCGGCAAAAGGGCGUACUGGAGCAGGCGUGCUGGAACAGGGAGAUCUGUGCCUGUCUGGGGAACAAAAUGGGGGAACCAUGGCGCGACCCACUACCCGUACUCUAGUACACGAUGUCAUGCUAUGUUUACGCAUGUGGUGAGCGUGCACAAACUUCCCUGCUGCUGUCGCUCACGGCCACCUCCAAAGCUUCUGCUCAUCUUAGUUGUGCCCGUCAAAAUAUAGCCCAUCUCUGCACCGUUGACAACAAUUAGCUGCAAGUGCUGAUUGCUGCUGGUUGGCUCAGUCCAGAAUCAGGGCCAACCGAAAUGUUCAUCCGCUUUCAAGGAGUUCUUGGAUUUGCAACUUCUUCAUGCUCACAAAGCACCCUGUGUUUCUUCCCUACUAGCAAUCAGCCCACGAGACACAAUAUUCUUGGUGCCUCACAAAUGCGAUGAGCCUAGCUGAAAGCAUCACUGCCAAAAUGGCAUGCCAUGCCCUUUCAAAGAUCGGUGGUCAGGUCGAGGUUGGCAUGCAGUGCAGCUUGUCUCUCGCUGACAAGUCUGUUGGGUGCUCGUUGAAACCAGGGAGCGAGUCUAGGAGCGUGCAGACUAUGGAGGCUGUGGAGCAGUUAAGCUCCACCUCAGCAUCGAGGCCUUCAAUUUCUGCGUCAACUGCCAAAUGUGACAACUCAGAGCAAGGAUGCAUCCACCGAUGUCAGCUAUGUGACUAUGUGGCUGAUGAACUAUUUCUUCUGGAAGCACAUGCCACCAUCCAUACUGGCGAGAAGCCAUUUAAUUGCCCUUCAUGCUCUCUGAGCUUCUCAUACAAGUGUUAUCUGAAAGCCCACCUGCGCACCCACACAGGCGAGAAGCCAUUUGGCUGCCCUUCAUGCUCUCGGAGCUUCUCACGAAAGCCCCACCUGAAAGCCCACCUGCGCACCCACACAGGCGAGAAGCCAUUUGGCUGCCCUUCAUGCUCUCUGAGCUUCUCAGAAAAGAGCCACCUGAAAGCCCACCUGCGCACCCACACAGGCGAGAAGCCAUUUGACUGCCCUUCAUGCACUCGGAGCUUCUCACAGAAGAGCGGCCUGAAAGCACACCUGCGCACCCACACAGGCGAGAAGCCAUAUCAGUGCUCUUCAUGCUCUCGGAGCUUCUCAGAAAAGGGCAGCCUGAAAGCCCACCUGCGCACCCACACAGGCGAGAAGCCAUAUCAGUGCCCUUCAUGCUCUCGGUGCUUCUCACUAAAAAAAGACAUGAAAUUCCACCUGCGGACUCACACAGGCGAGAAGCCAUUUGACUGCCCUUCAUGCUCUCGGAGCUUCACACUAAAGCCCCAACUGAAAGCCCACCUGUGCACCCACACAGGCGAGAAGCCAUAUCAGUGCCCUUCAUGCUCUCGGGGCUUCUCAAUCAAGGGUCACCUGAAAGUCCACCUGCGCACCCACACAGGCGAGAAGCCAUAUCAGUGCCCUUCAUGCUCUCGGAGAUUCUCACAAAAGAGCAACCUUAGGAAACACAUGAAGCGAGAAGCCAUGGCGAAAAGCCAAGAAUCAGUGAUUCUCGUUGAAGAAUGCCCUGAAGAUACGCCGGUGCAUUCAUACAAGUGACCGGCCAUAUAGUUGCAUUGCCUGCUUCAGGUCCUAAUCACUUGAACAGACUUGGAGAGUGCAACACCAUGAUACUGUAGGGUAUUUUAACAAUCUCGUUGAACUAGAGUCUGAAUUAAAAAUCUACAUUCGUGUAGCAUGUUACGUAGUGUUCUACUGCAUCAGGUAGCACAAGUGUCUCCACAUGCUCCUGAGAGCAAGCUUUAACUCGGGCCCAACUUCGAUGCCGCGUAUUCAAAUACAUGUAAAACGCAGAAAUGCUUUUCUGAAAUAACCAGUGGGCCGAUUGUAACGAAAUUUGUUACAUUUGAGAGAAAAAGCUAAAUUCUGGUGACUCCUGGAAGCAUAAUUUAGUUUGAAGGCCUGAAUGUUAAACAGGAAUUUACAAAGAUUUUUAUCUUAAAGAAAUUGGAGCAAGAACUUUAUAAAUUUUUAACUCUGCACCUGGAAUAGAUAUCGUAGCUCUGUAAACUGCAUACGCUAGAUCUUCUAAAGCAGACAAAUUUGAUCUAUCAAUGUAUAUCUUGUUAACUUGUUACACUGUUUACAGGGACAUUGCAGAUGUCCUAAUCAUUUAUUAGUGGUAUAUUUUAACGCUUUGUUUAAUAUCUAAAUAUUGUCCGCUUUAGGUGUCCUAUUAGGAGCACUUUACAGAAUUGCAAUAUUUUUCAUUGCUGAGUUACCAGAGUUGUAAAUUUGAGAGUUUCGUUUUCUGAAAAUUUGUGAUUUUCAACAAUUGCUAUUAAAAGAUUGAUGGCCUAAAUCAAAAAUUGACUACCAACAGUCACUACAUUCUAUUUCUUUUAUAUGCAGCAAACCUCAUCUGGUUUCGUGCAGUAAUUGUCAAGAAAAAUGAUCUAUCCUUUCCCAUGUAUGUAGAUAGGAGCCCCCAAGCUGAAGCUUGCUCUUAAAAGGUCUCUGAAACACUUUUGUGGGGUUACCAUAUUUUCUGUAGAUCUUUUCUCAACACGUUAUGGAACACAGAGUAAAAGGAUUUACGAGAACUAACCCACAUAAAGCCGUUGUAGUUGAGAAAAAAGUCAAAAUACAGUUAAACUUUAAUUAAAAGAAGUCGGCAAAAACAGCUGUUUGCUUUGUUAUAUUGUGGCUUUUCAUUAUUCGAAAAGUAAAUGAUGUUCAUUCGUGUCUCAAAAAUUACUGUUUGCAUGCCCCUACAAACUAUGUAUGUUCAUUGUAAUAAUUGUUACACUACAGAUGUCUAAAUUAUGUGUUCUUUAGGCUCUGUUUUUUUUUCGGUGUUCUCUGGUACAUAUGAACUUGUUCUCUUAGACCAAUUCAUGUAUUUGUUGGCUCUUGGUUCUGGUCUACAUGGUUCAUUGUGGAUUUUUUUUAUCUUAUUCUAUUCGUGUCUUUCUUUUUUUUUUACAAAUGGGUACUUUUUUAGCAUCAAAUAAAUGCCAUUGUUUGGUGAGUAUUCGUUGUAUGUUCUUGAUAUUACAAUAAUUUAUUGACGGCAUGGAAUAUAAGGAUGCUAGCAUUUUAUUGUAUCUGGGGCUGCAAGAGAUAUUGAAUGACGGCAGUUGGAACUUCAUUAUUAACACAAAAGGAACCUGUUAUAAGUAACAUAGAUGAGUAAUCUAAUGUUUGAGUCGAAUGUCAGUUCCACCAUGCUUUAUUCAUUCCUACAUUUUAUUUCAACUAAUUACCAGCAUUUCUAUAAGCACUAGUGCGACAUAUAUUUGUAGAAAUAUUUGUAUAAACUUUACAUAUUGAACUGGGCUUAUAAGCCUGCACUGUGUAAUACAUUUGUGUGCAGAAGCCAUGAAAUUGGGCCAAUCCUGUUUUUUGAAACUUGAAAAAAAUGCUUUCUGAAUUGCAGUUAUACUAGUCUCUCAUCAGGAAUUUCCUCACCGACAAAAUUGUGUACAGGACAUGCUUUUAAGAUAAUAAAUACAAGGGUUCACUGUUUCGAUUAA